GAAUAUCAUGCUGGAGGAGAUGGCUUCAGGGAGCAACAGUGACUCUGAUGAGAACACAGACCAAUCAGAUCCUACAGAAAAUAGUGACUUGGAGGAUGAUACACCACUCUUAGGGCCUGUAACAGCUGAAAACAUGAAGAUGCCCAGUGAGUUAAACAGUCACAGUAAGAGAGCAAAGAAUCUCAUACAAGUGCUGUCAGAUGCUGAGAAUGAGAAGUCAGACAGUGAGAUGACGGAAGCUUCAACGAGUUCAGGAGAACGGUGAAAGAUAUUUGUUAAGCUGAAACGAUGAGAAAAAGGGGAAUGAGGAGAGUGAUUAGGAAGCUUUACCUAUAAUGU